UUUCGGAUCCUGAAUUUCCAACAGUACAAAGUUUAUGCCAGAGAAGACUCUACUCAUUCCGAACUCAGCACCCAAAAUGUACCACAACUCAAACGCGGGCUCAUUAAGCAUUCUGAUGCUUUUCAUAUUGAUACUGAUUUCAAUUUCAAACUAUUUAAGUUUCAAUAAAAUUGAACAAAAAUUGGAACCAAAACUAGCGCCUGAACCAGCUUUUGACCCUAUUGCACUCUACGACUCGCUACCGUCGAAGGAGCUCCGGAAAAAUGCGCUGAAAUCGGCGGAAAACAAUAGAAAAGAGCUAUUGAUUGCGUCGAAACAAGAUCAGCAUAAAACUUUCUACAAUGCAGUGAAAAUGGAGGCCUAUUGUGCUGUAAAAGAAAGAAUUGGAGGAAACGGAGACGGUGGAAAACUUGUAUGUAAUCCGAAGUUGGUGAAGGAGGACUGCACUUUACUCUCACUCGGUCUGCACAAUCAAAUUGGCUACGACGGUCACAUUUAUAAUGUCACCGGAAAACAGUGCAAAAUUCUCGGUGCUGACAAGGACCCUCAAAACCCCAAAACUCAAACCUCCUACGAAAAAAUGAACGGUCAAAUUUUUGUCGGAAAAAUUCCCGACGAACUCACACUUCCCUCAAUGCUCCAGCAGUCGGGGAGAAAUGAGGUGGAGCUGCUGAAAAUCGACAUCGAAGGAGGAGAGUUCACCGGGUUGGAGCCGCUGAUCAGUGAACAUUUUGUGUGCCAGAUCUUCAUCGAAGUGCACGGGACGCCAGCUGAGCACCUGUCAAUGCUCCGAAUGAUGUCAAAGUAUGGCUUCCGUUUGUUCAGCCUUGAGGAAAAUCCAUAUUGUGUGAGAUGCUGUGAAUAUAGUCUUAUCAACGAGCUCUGUAUGGCCCAAUUCGGAGUAGUGCCGCUGGGAAAUGUGAUACCGGAAAUCAACAAAUAGUAUAAUUUUUAAAUUAUUUUGAUUUGGUUUUACGAGUUAUUAAGGAAUACAUCGUGUGCUUUUUUUUCGCAUAAAUGAAUGAUUUU